UGAGGAUCAGAGUGCACAAGUAAGGAGCUGCCUGCUAGGAGAGACGUUUGCCAGGACACUGACAGAGAAGCAGCCCUGUGAUUCUGUGAUUAUUUCUACAAGAGAAUCCAAUGCACGGAUUAGUUGAAAUAUGCUGGGGCUCCAGAGCAGCUAAGGGGAUAAUAGACAAGCUACCUGAAUUGGAUUGCUUUAUCUUUUCCUUAUGAAGAAGACAAAAACUUGGAUUAUCAUAUGCAUAUAUCUUCAACUGUUUCUCCAUUGCUUUGGGAAUCCGUGUGGAAAUCCAAUCACUGAUGCUGUAAAUGACAUUCAGAAACUGGUAGGAAAUCUCCCAAAUGAUUACAUUAUGAAUUUGAAAUAUGUUCCAAAAAAGGAGGGUCUGCCAAAGCACUGUUGGCUGUAUAUGAUGGUGGUCGAAAUGACUCGUCACCUGGAUAACUUAUUAACAAAAUUUGAAAAUACAUCACAGAAUUUUCUGAUUAUAAAGAAUCUUUCCCUGAUUCUUCAAGGCAUCAGAAUUUGUAUCCGACUCAAUGAUGAAAUGGACUUUGACUCGGUCUCUUCUUUAUAUCAAGUAGAGGGAUUUAAACCCCGAGAUUUUUUCAAUUACGUAACUAGUACUAUUGAGGUUUUUAAGGAAAUCAACAACACAGAGUAUACAGGAACAUGUGUCCUGCCUACAGAAUAUGAUUUUGAAUAUAAUACUGAGGAUGAUUCUCAUAGCACAAAUCAUGAUCUACCAUAUGUUCCAAGUACACGAAAGAAUAGUAGCAGAAUUGAUUCAUCUGCCAGGUCUGGAUUCAACACUGGUGCAUCUAUACAGUACAGUACAGUGUUAAUAGCACUGGCCUGCCUAGUUAUUGGAUUCUUAUUAGGAGUUGUGUGCUGGUGGAAGUUUAAACACAGACAAACCCAGACACAAAAUAACUUGUCAGAGGUUGCAGUGGAACCGAGAGCUGAAAAUGAAUCACAACAAAUAUUGCGACAGGCCAAAAAUGACAUCAGUGUAAUAUAGUUGGUUUACAGAGGCUAACAUUUCAAAUUCCGGUGACUGUGCUAAUCUUGUUUCGAGACCACAGGGAACUGAAGCAAAUUUCUUGCCUAUUAUUGGAGCAACAGACUACUGGAAAUGAUCCAUAAGGAAAUGUUGCUAAAUUUCAUAAAAUAAAUAAAAGACCUGCAAAAGAGAUUGAACUUCACUGGACUGAUAAUUUAUACCUGCCAUCACUUUGUCUUGUCUGCUGAAGAGAGCCUCUACGACUCCUAUGACACUCAUAACAAAAAGUGAUAUGAAAGCCAAAAAAAACCCAAACAGUUCUAGGAGGUUUUUUCAUACCACUGGAAGAGUUACGUUGAAAGUAUAGCAAGCAAAGUUUCGAUUCACCGGAUUAUAGAAUGUUUUAUAUUUUGCUUUGGUUUGUUUUUGUUGUGAAGGGUUCCAAGUUACUCCACUUGUUAUGAAGAUCACUUUUGAUGUUGAGGCUUAUGCAGGACUAAAUACAGUCAAUGAGAACCUUGGUACUCUCCCAAAUGUUAACUCUGCUAGAUGAACACUGUGAAAGGAUGUCAGUUGUGAUUCAUUUUUGAGAAUGAAAUUCAGAGACUAUAAUACGAAGAGGCUUCUAUGGCAGAAUCCCAACUUUACGAUAACUUUGGAUUUUUUAGACAAAGCUCUUCUAAAGCUUGUGCAAGUCAGGACAUACAUGUAUACUUUUUUAGUUCACAUAUUAAAUAUAUUUUUUUAUAAUGGACACACAUUUCUGUAAAUAAAGUAUUAUGAUGUAUACCACUUAAAUUAAACUGGUGACUCAAGAAUGGGAUGGGAAGAAAUAAAUUAAAAUACAAAUUAUAUGUGACUAAAAUAUACGUCAUGCAUUAGUCUCACUGCAUUUGUAAUGAGAGAAUGAUUAGUGUGUUAGGGCACAAGACCUCAUAAAAAGUCAUACAAAAGAAAACAUAUAUGGUUUGAGGAGUGCAACAUGUGAGACAGGAAAAAAAGACCUGUUUCUUGUAUAGUAUCAUACAAUAGUCUGUAUUUAUAUACAUUUUUAAAUUAUUUAUUGCAGCCAUUUAUCAUAGUAGAAAUUAUGAUCUUAAACAAUGCAUUAACCAAAUCUGACAUCAUAAAAUAUAUAAUCUUCCAACAUAUGCCAGUGUAGUUUUUGCUAACUAGGGCUUUAUCAGAUCUGUCAAUACUUUUUUCUGACAUAUUUAGCUUUAUUACAAAUGUCUAAGGUUCUAUGACCUCCUUUUGAAACAUACAUAUAUAUGUGUGUGUAUGUAAAUAAACGUACGUCAGUGGUAGCUGCUCUCCCUUGCUUAAUGUUAAAUGGUAGUGAGGUGCACCUCACGUAUAGAAAUAAAGUCGGUAGACCUUGAGUGUGCAUUGCAAUUUAAGGGUUAGUGUUACCCCUAUGAAAGAAAGGCCACUGGGGAAAUGUAUUCAAGAGAACAAUGCAGCAAUAUAAACUUUGCAUAAUCACUGGGCACCUGACAGGUUUCAGGAAUGACUAUGAUGAUAACAAGUUAGUAAUAGAUCACUUUGAUAGGGUGAUAACAUAAGUGUAAGUCACUGAAGGAGGACCAUACCCAAAGCCAAGUGUGAUUCACCAAAGAAUUAACUUUUCAAUAUCAUUAUAAAUUUAUGGUUUGUUACUUGUUUAAUUUCUUGACAGAAAACAAACAUUUCUGUUCUGGAAUAUUGGUUUCUGUACUGAUCCUGCAUAACUAAACUUGUUUUUGGUAACUGUGUAGUGGAUUGUAAAAGACAAUUCCCCACAACAUUUUUUAAUUUUGCAUAUAAUUGAAAGCAUUGCCUUUCUACCCUUUAAUAAAGAUACUCCACGGUGUCUUAUUUGGAACAAUACCAAGAUGAUUCUGGGUUUGGGUACAAAACAAAAGUUAAAACCUGUUCAUUGAGGUUUAAGAAUAAUUUAAGAAACAAAAAAACAACAGACAUUACCAUUUUGAUUUCUAUUAUGGUUUGUUAACAUUAAACCCGAGAAUUAUCAUAAUGCAUUGCUUUUUUUGGCCCAAGUCAGAAAUUACUGAGUUUGCUCAGCCAGAAUUAUUACUUGCCCUGUUAUUUUGGGUUUCAUUGAAUAAAUUAUACCUAUAUUUUGACUGAAUGAAUCAUUUCUUUCUGGUAAGAGUCAAACCAUAGUCAUGCUCACGACUAACUCAACUCUUAACACAGCACAGGAGUGAAAUAGAGGAAAACAAACCAUUAACAAAAUCAGACAUUUAUUUUGCUAAGAUACACAAGUGAAGACCUAUCAUUGUUCAUAACUUGUUCAUAUAAAAUAUGUACUUGCAUGCUUAUUUCUAAUGGAUGAAUGGUUUCAGCCACAAAUCCCUCCCUUGUAAAGUCAAUUAAAAGAAUAAUGCAUUUGUAUUUGUUUCUUUGGAUUUGUUUCUGAUACAAUAAGACACUGUUCCCAGUUUUGUCUGCAUGUGCCUGAGACUUCUUUUUUUAACAUUUCAGAAUUGUUUAGGUAUAAAUGAUUUCCUUUUAAUUUUUGUGUGUCUUUAUAUGCCAAUUCAUAUGGUUUCUGGCAGUGCAGCAUCUGUUGUUGCUGUAUUAGUUGAUCAAGCAAAUUGCAAAAUGGUUAUUAGUAUAACUGUUCACAUUUUACAUUGUUUCAGAUAAAAGAAGAGGUAUACAAUAAUGAAGAGCUUUAAGUGUCAUUUAGAGAGUUUUUUUUUUUUACUAGUCUUUAAAUUCAUCUAAAAUAUUUUCAUGGGGACAGGUCUCCCAUCCAAUACAGCCUGGUAAAUGCAGCAUGAGAACACAAAGUAAGCAUCAUACCGAGUCCUUAGACAUAUACUCACAUCACAGACCAAGCAGCUAUGGCCAGAAACCUCUCUGGCAGCAGAAAAAGUUGGCAGGGAACACACCCCAUGUGUUGUAGGUCUCAGUUCUUUAAAGUCAGCAAAAGUUAACUUGUAUCUCCUGGUGAUAACUAUUUUGGUAUCAUCCUUUAAAGUGUGCAGGAUUUAUAUACCUAUUAGCAUACAUUCCAUUAUACAAUACCAUAUUAUGUCAUGUUUAAGCAUUUUCCAAUUAUCCAUGUCAUAUUUUAAGAUCAAAGCAGUAUAUUGAAAUAAUUCAUGACAUGUUGCACUUUUAUAAUGAGACACACAUUGUAUUUAACUUCAGUGAAGCAAACAUUUUCUGUUGAAAUGGAAGUUGAAAGUAUCUGUUGUAAGCUAAGUCUAGAGGAAGAUGUCUUCUGCAGAAGCCAAUUAUUUGCACGAAGACUACAUAAUGUUAACCAAAGUUGCUGAUUUCCAAAGAAAAUGUAAAUGUUAAAAUAUUUUAACUUGUAAAACUCUAGUUUGCAGUAUUCAGAAAAAUGAUUCUGAUAAUAUAACUGAACUUAAUAUAUUUAAAUUGUAUUUGCCUUUUCUUAGGCUUAAGGAACAUUUAUCAGGGCACAUAAUAUAAAAAAAAUAUAUAAAAAGUUUAUUACUUGUGUAAAAAUAGAUAUUAGGCUCAAUUGGGAACAAGUUCUACAACUGUCAAUUAUUUCACAUUAGGGCCCAUUCAAAAAAAUUAUUUUAGUACAAAAAAAAAAAAAAAAAAAAAUCACAUAAUUCUUGGCUAAUACUUUUCAACCACUAUUUUACCAAAGUAUACAUUACAGACUGUUACAGAUCUAUUUGCUGCCAGUACUUUGUUUUUUCCCCCAUUAACAUACCAGAUUGGCAUACACUGUAAUCAAACUUCUAAACUCUGUAAUGAUAUCAUAAAACCAAGAAGACCCAGGUAGAAACACAACAGGAUUCUCAUUGGGGGAUCCGGUUACAUUACUUGGGCCACUGGCACUAAAGAGGUGGGAAAAAGCUUUAGUGUUAAGAAUCCAUCUCUGUAUCAUUAGCCCUUAAUAAUAUGCUAGAGAAUUCUGUGAGUUUUAUUCCAGCAAAUCAGAACUACCACUCGCAAAUACAAAUCUUCCCUAAAUGUCAUAAGUAUUUGCAAUGCAACACAACACAAGUAUAUAUAUAUAUACACACAUAUACAUAUAUGUAAGUGUAUUCACAAGGGCAUUUCUUUGGUUACAGCUAUUUUGUAUCAAUAUUGCAAAUAUCAUAAAUGUAAUUUAAAAGGCUGACAAAUGAAAAUAAAAAUGCAUUAGUCUAUCCAGCAUCCAAUGCCAAAUUAGUGUUAGCACCUAUUACCUUUUUAACAGGGGACUAAGCAUUCAUUACCCAGAAUGAUGCUGUGCAAAGAAAAUAUGUUUCCCAUUUAUACUGGUAGAAAAAAGUAGUUUUAUCAAUUCAAAAUAUCACUGAAUGAAUACAUUUUUUAGCAUGUUUUUAUUUAAUACAGUGUAACUGUUGAAUAUAGUUGAAGCUGCAUUUUUUUACACCCAUAAACUAAUAAAAUUGCAUAAGUUUCAAGUAGUUAUGAAAAUGGUAACUGUAUACCUGUAUAACUGUAACUGCUUGCGUGAGACAGAACUUCUCAACACAGUGCGAUCUCUGAAUUUCUUUGUUGUAUAAAAUACACGCAUUUUCCAUGCAAAUUUGUACGUUGAACGAUAAUUUGCACAAAAAUCAUAUUUUUCUAUAAUUUUUAAUGAUUACGCUUUUGAGAGUUUAUCAAUGUAGUAUAUUAUAAACAAAGAAAAAAAAUGAUUUUCAUUUCCAUAGAAGACAUGCAAUUCAUUUUCCUUUACAGGGGAAUUUUCAUUGAAAAUCAGUAAGCAAACUUGCUUUUUUUGAUAAAAAUACUUAAUUUUUACAUUUACUUCCAUUUCUAAAACAUAUUGUUACUACUGUCUCCUUACUUUUCUAUCACAAUUUGAAUGUUAAUCUGGUAAGGGCAGCACAGAAAAAUACCCAUAAACCUUAACUACUGUUAAUAUACUGAAAGAUUUUCUUCCAUGGACCUACCUUUAACUGAUCAAACGCAUUUGUCUUUUUACUAGUAAUAUGUUAGUAAAUUAUGUAUGAAAGUUCCAGGGCACGUGUACAAAUUACAAGGUUUCCAACAACAGGGCUGGCAGGCAUACAGUAUGUAAGCAUCUUGGUAUCAAUGGUAUGACCAUGCUUCUGAUGUUACAGUUUGGAAAUCUGCUUUCUGACCAUAGGCCAAAAACAGAAAAUAUUUUUUUAUGUAUGUUGUGAUAUGUAUAUAUUUGUUUGAAAUGUUAUAUUAUUUCUUGAUUUAAUUUUUUUACUGGUUUGAAGUUCAAAUUGCUUUGUAUACAUAUACUUUAUUGUUAUAAAUAAAGAAUUCUAUGCACUGCCA